AUUCUAUAAGGCACGAGAGAGAGAGAUAGAGAGAGUACUGGGAGCGGAGACCGAUAAAUCUGUGGAGGAAAUGUGCCCACGUCUUUUGGAUAAACGCAGAAUUAUAGGGAUGAUUAUUAGAAACAAAUAGCGGGUUCUUUGAAUGGGACGCGUUGAAGAGAGAUGCACGGGGGGAAAUAUCUGUAUGGAGCAUUUCAGUACGUGGUGAAUGCUAUUGAAGCUCCCAAGGUUGCUUUUGGAAGUGGCCUUCCUAGAGAAGUUUAUCCUCCCAAGGGCACAGAUAAAUUCACCAAUGCAUACACCCUUGAAUAUAUUUCAACUGUUACUCCUACAACUUACAGGCCAAAGUUACCUGAAUGUUAUAGAGGUGGUUGGGGAUAUGGAGGUCUUGGACAAACAGAAGUGCGUUGGAAGGCAGAGCCAGAAUUAUCUCCUGGCCCUGCACAUCUCUCUUUGCCAAGAUUUCCAAAAUCUGUGAACCCAAAUAAAUGUUCAUUCAAUGCCUCUACUAAACGAUCAAUUUCACCACGAUAUGCUUAUCCUGGACCAGGAACAUACAAUGUCAGGGUAAAAAGAAAUCGACGAAUCAAGUUUGAUCACAGUUUUGGAGGGAGAAAAAAGCUGCACCCAGCGGUUGAUAUAAAAUGUGGACUGUACAAUGUAGAUCAAUGCUUUCUUUGCCAAGAGCAUCCAGAAGGUGAUUAUUGGCACUAUAAUAAUAAAGAAUUUCUAUGUCGAAGCUGCUUCAUGAAAGAGAAAAAAGAACUCAACCACUACAAACCAUGGCAAAUUGCAGAAUUCAGAAGAAUCCGAGAUUGUUCUUUUAUGCAUAUUCAUGAUUUCACAUAUGCUGCCUACAUCAAAAUGGACCCAAAACAAGCUAUAAAAAUGCUUGUAAAAGAAGCAUACUUUAGUGAGUACUUUCCAUGAAAAUAAUAAACAUGCAGAGUAAGAGCACCAUAAAAGUCAAAUUUUGUAAGGAUAAUUUAUUUUGUUUUCAUAUUGAAUACACCAAAUAACCAUGUGUUACAGCUAAGAAUUAACUAAUAAAAUUGUCUCCUAUGGGUAGUUUAAUUUAUUUCAAUUAUAUUGUUUAUCAAACUGAACUGUUAUUUGAAAAUCCAUGGACAUCUUUUAAAUUUCUGCUGGUUGAUUAACUAGUAAAGCUUCUAAUGAAAAACAUAUAGAAAAUUUUAUUUAAUUCCCAUAAUACAGAGUACAGACUUAGUUUUGCAGCAUUUAAUAAGAAAAUACUGAACUAAAAUAAUAAAUUCAAAACUGAAUUAUAAAUUCUAUGACCAGUUUUCUGCUUAUUAUCACAUCUACUUCUUUGAUUUUAUUACCCAACCUGACAUGAAUUGUAUGCAAGUGUAGGAGCAUUCCAUUACAAAAGCUUGAAUAAUUCAAUAUAAUUUCAUAAUGAUAACUCUCAAAAGAAUUUGUGAUUUUAAAAUUUCUCAAAAUUACUGAUCUCUGAUUACAUUCUGCAAACAGAAUUUUAUCUUAAUCUGCAAUGUACACAUUCUGGUCAAUGAAUUCUGAGAACCAUUUUGAGAAUGAAUUUGAGAUCCUAUUUUACUGAACAUUGCAAAAUCAAUGCAAUUGUAAUAUGAGGAAAUAUUUAUUGGAAAGAAUGUGGUUAUUUCAGAAGUUAAAUUAAUUGUUAAAAUAAAGAGUACUGUUAAAUACAAAUAUAUGAAUCUCUCAAAAUCUUUAUGAUUUUUUGAAAGUGAAAUGAAAUAAGAAUUUAGCAAAAGUUCACCC